GUGUGAGCGAGCCUGUUCUGGGUGGAGUCCCUGCCUCCAGUGCUCGUUGGGCUGGCAGUUCACUAUCUCCCCUUCCGCACUCCCCCAGGAUGGCCAUGAGGAGCCCCGUGUCUGCCCAGCUGGCCCUGGAGCCCGGGGGUUUUGGCCCAAUGGUGAACUGCACCGUCAAGUCUGAGGACAAGAAGGAGCCUUGCCACGAGGCCCCCCAGGGCGCGGCCGCCGCUGCUGAGCCCCAGCCUGCAGACCCAGCCCGCACCCCGCAGGACGGUGCAGACCCCCAAGCCCCAGCCCAGGUGCCCAGCACUUUCAGGGGCUCCUGGGACUGCAGCUCUCCGGAGAGCAGUGGGUCCCCAGAGCCCAAGAGACCGGGAGCCUCUGAGGCCGCUGCUUCUGGAAGCCAGGAGAAGCUGGACUUCAACCGGAAUUUGAAGGAAGUGGUGCCGGCCAUCGAGAAGCUGCUGUCCAGUGACUGGAAGGAGAGGUUUCUGGGAAGGGACUCUGUGGAAGCCAAAGAUGUCAAAGGGACCCAAGAGAGCCUGGCAGAGAAGGAGCUCCAGCUUCUGGUCAUGAUCCACCAGCUGUCCACGCUGCGGGACCAGCUCCUGACGGCCCACUCGGAGCAGAAGAACAUGGCCGCCAUGCUGUUCGAGAAGCAGCAGCAGCAGAUGGAGCUGGCCCGGCAGCAGCAGGAGCAGAUCGCCAAGCAGCAGCAGCAGCUCAUCCAGCAGCAGCACAAGAUCAACCUCCUGCAGCAGCAGAUACAGCAGGUCAACAUGCCUUAUGUCAUGAUCCCAGCCUUCCCUCCGAGCCACCAACCUCUGCCUGUCACCCCUGACUCCCAGCUGGCCUUGCCCAUCCAGCCCAUCCCCUGCAAACCAGUGGAGUACCCGCUGCAGCUGCUGCACAGCCCCCCCGCCCCGGUGGUGAAGAGGCCCGGGUCCCUGGCCGCCCACCACCCCCUGCAGGAGCCCUCCCAGCCCCUGAACCUGACGGCCAAGCCCAAGGCCCACGAGCUGCCCAACACGGCCAGCUCCCCCAGCCUGAAGAUGAGCGGCUGCGGCCCCCGCCCCCCCAGCCACGGGGCCCCCACGCGGGACCUGCAGGCCAGCCCCCCCAGCCUGCCUCUGGGCUUCCUUGGUGAAGGGGAUCCCGUCACCAAAGCCAUCCAGGAUGCUCGACAGCUGCUGCACAGCCACAGCGGGGCCUUGGAAAGCUCCCCCAGCACCCCCUUCCGGAAGGACCUCAUCAGCCUGGACUCGUCCCCAGCCAAGGAGCGGCUGGAGGAGAGCUGCGUGCACCCGCUGGAGGAAGCCAUGCUGGGCUGCGACAUGGACGGCUCCCGCCACUUCCCGGAGUCUCGGAACAGCAGCCACAUCAAGAGGCCCAUGAACGCCUUCAUGGUGUGGGCCAAGGACGAGCGGAGGAAGAUCCUCCAGGCCUUCCCGGACAUGCACAACUCCAGCAUCAGCAAGAUCCUCGGCUCCCGCUGGAAGUCCAUGACCAACCAGGAGAAGCAGCCGUACUACGAGGAGCAGGCGAGGCUGAGCCGGCAGCACCUGGAGAAGUACCCCGACUACAAGUACAAGCCGCGGCCCAAGCGCACCUGCAUCGUGGAGGGCAAGCGGCUGCGCGUGGGCGAGUACAAGGCCCUGAUGCGGACCCGGCGCCAGGACGCCCGCCAGAGCUACGCCAUCCCCCCGCAGGCUGGCCAGGUGCAGCUGAGCUCCACGGACGUCCUGUACCCGCGGGCGGCAGGCAUGCCCCUGGCCCAGCCGCUGGUGGAGCACUACGUCCCGAGGAGCCUGGACCCCAACAUGCCUGUCAUCGUCAACACCUGCAGCCUCAGGGAGGAGGGCGAAGGCACAGACGACAGGCACUCGGUGGCCGACGGCGAGAUGUACCGGUACAGCGAGGACGAAGACUCCGAGGGCGAGGAGAAGAGCGACGGGGAGUUGGUGGUGCUCACAGACUGAUCCCGCCGGUGGGCCCGGCCCCUUCUGGGGAGGACAGACCCCCCAGCCCAGCCCCGCCCCAUGGGCACAGCCAGCCAACCUGGACUACGUUGGUACCUG